UUCCCUUUCACAGAUUCAAAACUAGGAAGGAGAGAGAGAGAGAGAGAGAGAGAGAGAGAGAGAGAGGAAGAUGGGGAAAGAUCUGAGCGACGAGCAGAUGUCAUCAGUGAAAGAGGCCUUCACGCUUUUUGAUACUGACGGCGACGGCAAGAUUGCUCCGACGGAGCUCGGGAUCCUAAUGCGUUCACUCGGUAGCAAUCCGACCCAGACUCAACUCAAAUCCAUAAUCGACGAGGAAAAACUUAAUUCACCAUUCGAUUUUCCGCGAUUCCUUGACCUAAUGUCCAAGCACUUGAAGCUGGAGCCUUUCGACCGCCAGCUCCGUGAAGCGUUCAAGGUGCUGGACAAGGAUGGGACCGGCUACGUUGUCGUUUCGGAUCUCAGACAUAUUUUAACUAGUAUUGGGGAGAAAUUGGAGCCCGCGGAGUUCGAUGAGUGGAUCCGCGAGGUGGAUGUUGGUUCUGAUGGCAAGAUCCGGUACGAGGACUUCGUUGCUCGCAUGGUCGCCAAGUGAAAUGAUCACUUGGAAAUCCUGGCUGUGCAAGCAUUCUCAUGAAGCAAGAACCCCGAUUUUCUUCUUUUAGAGUAGGCUUUAAUUUGGCAUUGCGAAGUGUAUUUUCAGCUGUCUUGUAGUUUUUGCAUGUCUCGGCAGUUUGAACGGGCAUUGUGUUUCGUUUGGGCAAAUUUAAAUCCAUCAACAUUUAGGAUUUAGAAGUUGACCUGUGUAUAGUUGAACUGUACACAAACCUGAAGAUCAAUGCUUUCUGUUUCUUGAUCUAGUUUUUUCAUAGUUUGGGCAUAGCAUUGCCCCUGGUAUUUA